AUUGCGCCAGUGUCAACAAGCUGUGGACUCGAGUUGUAAGUGUAGAUUUUGUAAAACAUAAUGUUGCUUUCUGUGAACAACGUAUCAGCAGUAACAAUGUUUUAAAAUGUAUAGGGACAUAUUUUAAACACAUAGUCAGAAUUAUCUGGAGAAAGACGUUCUUUAGGGUAUUCAUUUGCCUGGUGCACCAAGAUGAGUGGUGGCUUAGCGCCCAGUAAAAGCACAGUCUACGUUUCUAAUCUUCCAUUUUCUCUGACAAAUAGUGACCUUCACAAGCUAUUUUUAAAGUAUGGCAAAGUUGUGAAAGUUACAAUUGUCAAAGACAAAGUCACACGAAUGAGCAAAGGAGUGGCGUUUGUCCUGUUUCUCGACAAAGAGUCUGCUCAUAACUGUGUACGGGCAGUGAACAACAAACAGUUGUUUGGAAGGACUGUGACAGCUAGUAUAGCCAUAGAUAAUGGCCGAGCAACCGAAUUUAUCCGCAGGCGAAACUAUACUGAUAAAUCCAAAUGUUACGAGUGUGGGGAUUGUGGACACUUAAGUUACGCCUGUCCAAAGAACAUGCUUGGAGAAAGGGAACCACCCAAAAAGAAGGAGAAGAAGAAGAAGAAGAAAACACAGGCAGAGGAACAACAGUUUGAGGAGGAGGAGAGCGAGGAAGAGGGAGAAGACCCAGCUCUGGACAGUUUGAGCCAGGCUAUCGCUUUUCAGCAAGCCAAGAUUGAGGAGGAAGAGCAGCGGCGGAGACAGGUGGUGGAGGACGCCAGUCAGGCCUCGACAUCAGAAGAUUCGCGCAAACCCAGGAUCAAAAAGAGCGCCUACUUUAGCGAUGAGGAGGAACUCAGUGACUGAUGAGGAAUUCUGAUGCAGAGCUGUGCUGGAGUUGGUAUUUUAGUUUGACAUGUUCAAAAUAUUCCCUUCUGUUUCCUUCUGUCUCUCUCGCUCUCUUUUUUAUACUGCUCUGAAGAGGCGCUCAUUUAAAAUGUUUUUUGAAGAUCAGCAUCAAAGGUGCUCCAAGGCGUCUGGCUGCACAUUUAUGUCAAAUUAGGUGUCGUCAACCUCUGCAGAGAAGAAACGUGGAUAAGUUAUCCGUCUGGUGUUGAAGCACCCAGUUUCAGGUGUUAGCAAUUAGCUCUCAGAUACCCUUCUUAUUUUCUGUAAAUAAAUAUUCCACUUUUGUAAUAUGUGACCAUUAAAGGUAUCACUUUUUGUACAGAA